AGUUGACUUUCGGAAACCCUACAUUCGGAAGUUUGCAGGAUUCAUGUAUGUUUACAUGAUGCUUGACGUGGGAUGAAGACAGGGAGGGCUAGGACGUGUGUAAAUCUAAUUAUUUUUUACGAUGUCCUGUCAGUUGAAUGUAUUUGCUGAUUUUCAUGAUAUAACGACAGUCAGGAACUUUUUAUUUCCUGAGCUGAAGUCUGAACCACCAGAUGCGAAUGAAAAUUUAGAAAACGAGGGGUGGGAUGAGGACUGGGGGUCAUGGGAAGAGGAAGAAAUCCCAGAAAAUAGAGAGACUCCAGAAUUAGAUGACAAACACCAGUGGCUGCAGGAAUGUGUGUUCUCAUUAUCUCCAGCAAAUGAUAUUGUGGCCAUUGCCCACAAUGACAAAUGUGCCCUUUUGUCACAGAGGUUCAACAAUGAAGGGAGUAAUUCUGGCAUGGAAACUAAAUUCAAGACAGUAUGGAAAGGAAGUUUACAGCAGGAAGAAGGAGAACAGAUAAUGGCAGUGAUGUGUCUCCCAUUGGCCUCACAGAAAAGGAGCAUGCAGGGUGGGCCGGACUGGACCUGUGUGAUUGUAGGCUUUUCUACUGGAUAUAUUCGCUUUUACACAGAGACAGGGACUUUAUUACUGUCACAGUUAUUACACAGUGAACCAGUUCAAAGGUUAAAGUGUAGAACAUAUGAACCUCCACGUUACCUUGGUGAUACUGAACAGCAUGAGGAACUGCUCAUUUUGUUCAAGAGAGCGUUGGUAACCAUUGAUGGAUUCAGCUUAUUUCAGUCAUUAAGAGCAUGUAGGAACCAGGUGGCAAGAGCUACAGCCAGUGGAUCUGAGUCUGUGUUGCAGCCUCCACCAUUGGCCUACAAAAAGUGGGCACUGCAGGAACAAGAGAAAAUUCUUGAUUUAUGUAGCUGUGGUGUGAAAACUCCAAAUCCAUUUGACCAUAUGAAGACUGCUGCUAUGUUAGGCGGUGCCUCUGCCACCAUUAGAUCCACCCCACCUGCUGCAGGGCUCUUCAUUACCUCAGGAGUGGGUCCAUACAUGGGACUGUUUUAUGCUGUUGAGGGCAGCACCCAGCCAAUAUUGUCGGACGUAGCCUAUGCAGUUGCACACAAGUUGAAGUCUGCCAUAAUGUCUGCUGCAAGUGGGUGGUUAGGAUUUGGAAGCAAACAUAAAGAAGAGGAGAAACAAAAACCCAAGAUAGAAACAGCUACACCCCUACCUCUCAGGUUUGGACUGCCAGACAAGAGAAGACAGGGUGACAGUAUCUAUUUGUCACCAAAUAAUAGCUAUGUGGCUACAACAGACAGCUUUGGUCGUGUCAUCCUAGUGGAUGUGGAGCGUGGUACAGCUGUUAGAAUGUGGAAAGGUUACCGGGAUGCUCAGUUGGGAUGGGUACAGGUCAAAGAGGAUACUCAUCAUGGGAACAGAGACGACAAAGAGCGAAUAGCCCAGUUUCUAAUCAUUUAUGCUCCACGAAGAGGAAUUUUGGAGGUGUGGACAGCAGCCAGUGGUCCCAGAGUGGCAGCAUUCAAUGUCCCCAAACAUUGUCGUCUGAUUAGCCCUGGCCAUGGAAUGAUGGGAUUGAAUAAUGUGACCUGUAAAGGGGUCAAAUGUAAAAUGUUCCAGUGUGCUGUCAUUGAGCCCUCUGGAGUUGUUAAGUCACUUGACAUUCCAUUUCAUCUAGCUCUUAGUGACAAGAACAGCAAGCGAGCCCGAGAUCUCCAUCUUCUGAAGAAAUUAAAACAACUUCUGAAGGAGAGUAGAGAUGAGUCAGUGGAGCUGCAGUCUGCUGUCAUACAGUUGCUUCAGGACACCAGGAUUUCCCAUGUUACCCAGCAGGGUGUAGAGCGGGUGCUGUCCACUAAGUAUGUCUCCUCACAGUUCAUGCAGCAGGUCCUCGAGUCUUGUUCCACUCACAUCACAAACAGAGGACAGGACAGCCAAGACAUCCACAGUAAACUAUUGGUUGGAUUCUGUCAGACCCAGAUGGAUCUUCUACAGAUGUAUGACCAGAUUACACAGGACUGCACCCAGUCAGCUGCUCCACACCCUGGCAUCACAGAGAUUUUGAUGGAGAACCUGCAUAUCAGCAAUCCAGAGAGUACACACAUCAUGAAUCAGAUGAACACUGAUAGUGCUCAAAGUGACACAGAAUGUGUUGACAAAAGAGUCAGAUUUGAUAUUCCCAAUAUCUUUCAUCCAAGUGACUUUCUGAGCUGUUUUCAGUUCCAGCCGCAUGUGUCGGCACAAGAGUCCACAAGACACAGAUUGAUAACUGUGUCUGACAGUAUUUCACUGGACAAGAAAGUUGGACUAGGUAAAUUCCUGUUUUCUCAGUGUACAAUGCAGGAAGGAUCAACAGACACAUUGUGUAAUGUGAUACAGAAUUGCAACAUAUCACCCACUCUCCUGGUGGACUUGCUAGUAUUGUAUUGGUUGUCAUCGGAACAAAGAACUUUACAAAUGAUACCAAAUCUUCAUCGUAUACUCAAAGUUCUGGUUUCCAUUACAGACAAGAGCAAUGUGCUGGCAAAGUCCACUGACUGUGCUCUUUGGUGGAAGAAAUUGCGAUACUCGUGUAGUCACAGCACCAACAUACGCCCUGCCUAUAUACUGGCUCUGGUCUGCCGCUCACUGUGUGUGGAGGUGAUAGAGAACAGAUCCAAGGGAAAGGACCCUGAUGCUGAUACUGAGGCCAGUGAAGAAAUGUCCUCAGAGAGAAGAGAAAGUUGUUCCCAGGACACAGAAGACUGGAGUCUGUUGGUUAAACAAUUAGAGGACAUAUUAUCUUUGAAAAAUCUGCUUAGUCAUGGCAGAGUGGACCAUAUUGCUGAAGUGUCAGUCUCCAAAAUACUGGAAGGUGGAAGAGGUUCAAUAUCUGAGGCUGUAGCGUACUUGAUAGCAGACAUGGAACUUCAUCCUGGAGAUUUGUAUGCUACGAGCAUGAUGGACAGCACAGAAAAAAUGGAGAUUGGCACAGAUCCAGAGCACACAACACAAAGUGCUGCUGUCAGGAAACUACAGGUUGACUUGGUACAGCUACAGAAGAAGUUACCACAUAGCUUAGAGAAUGAUGUUUUGUUGUGUAACUGCUGCUGGGAAAAUUCCAUUAUAUGGUUCAAAGACCUAGAUAAAGUUCAUCAUUUGGGAUUUGCAAUGGAAUACCUGAAGCUAGUCACCAAUGCAAUAUUACGACAUGGGGUUGCCUCCAUGUUGUGGCAUCGCUUUGUGAUGAAGAAAUUCCAAGCAUUAGCUCAACUGAUGGAAAAGGUUGGAAAAGUUCCAAAAGACAGACUCUGCAGAAAGGAAGUUGGUAUUGGAGAGUCAUUCAUGCCUGAUUUUGCUGGAUACAUGCUUGAUCUCAUUCAGGUUCUCAGAGAGGCAAAUUGUGAGAUGAAUGAAGUUCCAGUUUUUAAUAUAGAACCAGUCUGGCAAAUGGUGAGGGGACCAUCCUCUCUUGUGGAACAAGCUGUGGAGCAGAAGAUGACAAACUAUGGUCUUCUGACACAUCAUUACAACUUGGCAGUCAUCAUGUGUGCUGUUCUCACUUUCGGCAUGAAAUCUGCAAAAAUUUUGUCUCUGUUUGACUCCAAGGGAAAGCAUGCUUUUCUUAAUGAUUUUACCCAGCAUCCUUUGCUUCCUUCACAGAACGUGGACUCUGCCUUAUCAUCUAACCGCAAGGAGUUCUUGUCCAGAAUUAUUACAUGUGCUGUAAGCACAACAGACUCUUUUCAAACUUCUCCAACCAGCAUUUCCAAAAAGAAUGCUGCUGCCACAAAAUGGCCAACUCGUGUUCUGGAGCUAGCCAAGGAGUUUGGUCUUGACUUAGAUUUUUUCAAACGUCAACAUGUGAUCGAGUUGUACUCUGGUGGACAUGACAAAAAAGCAGAAGAGGUACUGCUGACUGUGAAUGAUCGCGAGUUCAUGGGCUCUCAGCUGUUGCUGUUAGCUGGGCGAAGAGUGGCCCAUUAUCUGCUGGAGAGUCAUAAAAUGGAGGGAGUAGAGUUGUUGUCAAACGUGUCCCCUGCCCUGACAACAUGGCUGCGUUCACUGCAGGAGCCUGGACAUUUGAGACAGCCUGUUGCUGAUGUACCAUCUAUUGCCAUGCUGAUACACCAUGUAGCCAACUAUUUGCCAGAGGGCACACCAGAAUAUGAACUGGCCAUUUCCCUAGUGGACCUUGUGCAAUCUAUGUCCUAAAACCAGUUAUUCAAUUUAUCUAAAUUAAAAAAGACUAUUUGCAAUGGUGAACAAAUUUUGUGGGUUUUUAUUGCUGGGAUAUUACCAAUUAUCUCUGUACAUUGAUAACAUAUUUUGCUUCAAGCUGAACAAUUGCACUUCUGCUUAUACACAAGAAAAUUGAAGCACCUUAAAACAACAAUAUUCUACCUCUUAUCUAGAGUUCACUAUUCACUAUUUUACUGCUGUCGUUAAUGAAUAUUUUAGUAUCAAUAAACUGAAUGGAAAAUGGUAGCGAUUUAUAGAUAUAUUGAUGUCAAUUGUGUUUUUCUAUAAGCUUAUCAAAAUAAAACAAAUUUUUGAU